AUGCCCGAAGUCCAAAUGAGGACGAUGAGCUUCAGCCCCGGCCUAGGGCUGUUGUUCAGACUGCCGCAAGAAGUCCGCGACAUGAUCUACGCAUCCUACUUUGAGCGAGCUGAAGUCGAGUGGGACUACGAGAAGUCCUGGCAGCCACCGGCGUUUUCCAUGGCCUACCGCAAGUGCUACCCUCGAGAUCUGCUUGCCGCGUCCAGAGAGGUCUACGCUGAAGCCCAACGAUACGAAUAUCAUGACCUUUGUCUCGUCAUCUUGCACAAGAAGGCCCGGCAUCCUCCAAAAUUAUAUGGGCUUGUGCGACACAUUCGAUUUGUCGAAGCUGCGGUUCCCAUGUUUCCAGGACAUCUUCCCUUCUUCACCAAUACAAGACUGCUUGCGAACCUCCGUACCGUCACCUUUGUUCCUUCGGGGUCCUGGGUGUCCGCCUCCAUGGUGGUGAUGUACAAAUGGCUCGAAGAACUGCUUGUACAGGGAUGCACGGAGAAAGUUUUAAACGAAGCGCGGCACCAACUACGACUGGCGAGCUGCGUCCCACCCAUUUUCACGGCGCCCCCAACCGCUGCUCCUGAUACGAGGCUUCAUUGGCUUAUCGUGCUCCCAUGCAGAGUCUGCAGGUGGGACGUGAUAAAGGCCAAAUCAGAGCACGUUGAUAUCGAUCUGCACAUCUCCGCUAAGCCGCUACGGAUCGAGUACGUUCAGUACGGGCGCUAUCGCUAUCCUGUCCCUCGGUCUCCGAGAGAGGCGGCGCUCGGUUCCUCGACAACAUGGCCCCCGCCACCAGAGCAUGCUUCGGGCGGGCAAACAAGUGUCGCGAAAGGGAGGCUGAUCGAUCGCUUGCUGAGCAAACGCCGCGAUCUCCAGCUUCUCUUGAAGAAGAUGCAGCUCACUGAGACGAAAGCAUGUCCCGAGUUCCUAGCAGAGCUUCUCGCGCAGCAACCUCGACGAUUCGCCUCUCCUGAAUGUAUCUACUCCACUGGCGAUAGACCUUGCGAACGGUAUCUCGCCAGCGUGGGCGGCUCUCCGAACUUCGACUUCGGACAGCCGAGCAUGAGACAUGACAGACGCAGGGAUCUUGGGCUUUUGGCGCUGCUGUUCCAGGCCGUUUACUGGACGACCGUGCACUUUCUUACCGGGGGAAGAGUCGACGGCCGUCGCCACGGGGGAUGA